UCGUGUCUAUGUGCGUAGUUUCUAGUUGUUUAAGCCAAAAUUACAACACGAAAUAAUUAAUUAAAAUGAUUAUUACAUGAAAAGUGUGUAUACAUUUGUAAACUGAGUGGAAGUGUACUAGUGAGCUAUCUGAUAUAAGUGAUCUAUUUGCAGAUUGAAAAAAGGUGAAUCAUGGAGGUUGGUGGACGAAAAUCAGACGAUGCCAAUGAGAAUGCCUCAACAGAGUUUGUUUUAAAUUGUCAGCCGUGCCUGAAAGACGGGAGGGAGAUCAGCGCCAAUGGUUUCUGCAAAAUUUGCAAGGAGUUUAUGUGUGAUCCUUGUAUAUCUGCCCACAAGAGGUUCGCAAUGUCAAGAAAUCAUGUAAUCCUAACGAAAGAUAAAAUGCCUUCUUUUUAUAUGAACAAAGACAAAACUGACGUUCUGCCUACCGAACCGUGUCAUGAACACACUAGUGAAAUGAUAAAGUUUUAUUGUCCAACCCAUGAUGACCUUGGAUGCUCAGACUGCAUUGUGUUUCAUCACCGAAACUGUAAGGUUGAAUACUUGUCAGAGACAGCAAAACAAUACAAAGACUCCGAGGAGUAUAAAACACUAAACGAAAAGAUUGAGCACAUGGAAACUGUGCUUUUCGCGUUGAACAACGAAGUAAACGAUUCCGAAGCGUUCAUAUCAGAAAACAUACAAGAAGAAAUACAGAAACUGAGGACAUUUAGGGCGCAAAUAAAUCUUGUUCUGGAUACAAGAGAAAAUAUGUUGCUGAAAAGUAUCAAAGAAAAUGAGAUCAAACAAAAAGAGAUACUUUCAAAAUUGAGAGAUGGAAUAAAAGGCUUAAAACAGACUCUAGCAGAAACAACAACAGGCAUGCAGACGACAGAAAAACAGUUACACCAGCAUUUCAUUCAUGCGAAAAUGGCCAAAAAGCAACUUGUGAUGCUGCAAGGAGAAAUCAAUAAGAUCAACGCAGAGAUCAUUUUGGACACGUCUGUUCGUUGCACAUUUUUGACAGACAAACAAACUGAAGCGCUGAUCAACUCUUCAGACUUCUUUGGAAAUGUCGACUUCUCCAAUGAAGGAAUAACAUCAGAGACAGACAUCGAUCUAUCUACUGUGGAAUGGACAAAAAAUGCCGAGCUGGACAUUUCAUGCACAGAAGACAAACAUGGACCCGAUAUAACAAGUUCCGCUCUUGUGGAACCAGGAAAAUGUCUUUUGGCCGACUAUCAAAAUAACUGUGUUAAGCUUGUAGAUAUUAACGACAACAAGGUCUUGUCACGCAGUGAAGUGCUUGGAGACCCUUGGCAGGUGUGUGCCCUCAUUAGCGGCCACGCAGCUGUUGCUCUUCCAAAUAAAAGCAAAGUACAAUUUGUGAGCGUUAAAAACGAUUUAGUAAUAGCUGGUACACAUUUUGACGUAUCCGGUGCAUGCUAUGGACUAGCUUACAAUGAUAAAAGCCUUUGGGUAUCCUACAAACAUAACGAAAAUUCAUCAGCAAGCACUUGUGUAGAAAGACUAUCGAUGACUGGAGAAGUGUUGCAAUCAAUUACAAAAAUGGCUUUAAAGAUAAGUUAUAUAACCGUUAGCUCUUCUUCAAUUUACGCUUCUGCCUGUCCCGGAAGGCGUAUCUUUCAAUUUGAUUUCAACGGAAGUUUGCUGAACACAUAUAACGACCCGUUACUGUCAUUGCCAUCUGAAUGCAUCAACGUCGGAAAGGAACGAAUACUAGUGUUUGCUCGCCGUCCUGCUAGUGUAGUGUUGAUCAAUGAAAAAGAGAGGGACCUGAAAGUUAUAUUAUCUGUAAAUGACCUUGUGCCCCUGUAUAACCCGUACAAUUUAUCAUUCUGUCCCGUAAGUAGAAAACUUCUGGUUGGACUGGAAGUCUUCAGUGCUGUUGUUUAAUGUUAAUUAAAACAACUGAUUGGUUCCGUACCACUGUAGGAUGAAUGGUUCGUGAGCCCGCAUGCGUGAAAUGUACGUUUUACGUGAUUUCGUAAAAUCAACGUUAAAGGUCUUGUUAAAGCCUUCUAUAAGUGCCCCCCUCCUCAAAUCCGUGUAUAGUACACAACCUGUGUAUUGAUCGUUAUCUUAAUUGCCUUGUACUGCUUAUCAGAUCACCGAUAUGAGUGUCCAGCUUUGCAGUUAUAUAGAAAUGGACAAUACAAUCUUCUCUUUUAGUUGUUGUUGUUGUUUUCAAAUGAUAAUAAUAUUAUUAUUACAGUACCUUUGAAUAAGAAUACGAGUUAUAUGGUAUAUAAUAGCCCAUUAAUAUAAUUUAACAAGGAUGCUUCACAAUUUUGAUAUUCCAAUUGUGACUUCAUUUCAAAUGGAGUUUAAUAUUAAUGUUACAUAACUAUUUUAAAACUUAACACUCUUAUUUGUUUAUUUUUUAUAUCCAAUCGGUUUUAUUAAUAAAUGCAUUAGUAAUGCAUAUUGUUUAUAUGUUUUAGUGAGUCUAUGAGAUUAUCUUACUCGAAAAGUGUACACCCUUAAUGGCCCUAAGCCAAUAAUCAAAUGAUAAAGUUACCCCCCCCCCUCCUACCCUUAAAAAACCCAAAAAAAACCAGUCCAAUUUGCAGGAGAUGCACAGCAGGGGAUUGUCAUGCCAAACAGUCCAUAAACUAGGCCUUUAAAUUAAAAGGAAAUUUGUUUGAAAUGAAAUGAAUAAGAAAAUAAUGUUGAAAAUAAAUAAAGCUGUGACAUCAAUUCUGUUUACCCUUUUCCUUUUUUUGGAAAAUCACUUAUAUUUCUAUAAAAACUCUGUAAGCCAUCUUUUAGUUUUUUGAUGGUUUAUCGUUUUAAUAAGAUGCACAAAAACAGCCUGUUACAUGUAAAGUGUUCAUGGAUAGUACUUAAUACUAACUAUAGUAAAGUAAAUUGAAAAUGAACGAUCCAAGUAUCACAGCAAACAAAAACAUCUAAAAGUGCGUGGUCAUAUGUAAGGGGACUGUAUAAAUAAGCGCACUGUAGACCAUCUAGACUCUUAGUAGAUCCUUCUUCCGUUCAUGUUUCUUCUCUAUGAAAUAACGUGUUUUAUCAGUGAAAUUAAAAAGUGCAAGCUUUCUCUGCAAGCUAAGAAGCGAAAAUAACAAGUUUAAGAACAACUUUUAAAAUCAAUUGUAGUAUAUUACUUUUAACAC